AGGGCCAGCGCUUUCUCCUGCUGCAUCUACCCACAAGUCCAUCUUCGGGCCCUUUUUUUUUUUGCGGCCCGCAUCUUCCCGUCCACAGGCCAAUCCACCCACGCCAACGCCUCAGGCAUCAGCGUACCCCGCUUUCAUCAUUGCUCAGUUCUCGAGACGUACAAACUCGCAACACCCCGUCGGCGAACUCGUCACAUCAGCCCCACCAACGCAAGCGCAAUAAACCCGCGCCUGAUUCCCGGGCCCCGAGCUUCCUAUUGUGCUUGCGCCCCGCUUUCGGCAAACACAACCUCACCUUCCGACCACCAUGACCAGCAACCCGUAUUUUGCCUACUCAAUUAAAAGCGGCUACCUGGGCGACCCCGGCUCUCUGAGUGACACCAGCCAGUCCGUGGAUACAAAUGGCUCGGCAUCGAAGAAACCCACCCGGAAAAAAAGAAACACCAGCCGGGCUUGUGACGUGUGCUCGAUCAGGAAAACCAAAUGUGACAACUCCCGGCCGUGCCGGCUGUGCGUCGCCACAAACGUCAAGUGCACCGAACUCCGCGUGCGGAAGAAGUCCGGGCCCAAGACGUUCCGCAAGAAAACCAUCGACUCCAUCAACUCGGUGGGCGCCCAGUUCUCGGGCAUCGCUUCCGACCGCCACCUCGUGGCCCAGCUCGACUCCGGCAGCUCGUUUCCUGAUUUGGCGCUGGUGGUAAACGUCUUGUCAAGGCUUCCCGUGGACUUUCUCCAGGAGCUCGUGCCGUUCACCUUGCCUGGUAUCGCCGAGGACGCCAUCCCAUUGAUGGACCGUUUGCAAAGCUGCCCCCAUGUUUUGGGCGGCUCCGUGGACACCAACCUGACAAGGUACGCGGUGACCACGCUUUGCCUCGUGCUUUUGGAGAUGCUUCUGCUUGUCGAUAAGCCUGCGGACUACGACGCCAUGCUCUGGGGUUUGCAGGUGCACAUCUUGCUGAUCCGAUCCGCGUGCGAACGGCUCGUCAUGUUUGGCCAAAGCCAGGACAAAAUCAACUUCGACACGCAGUUCUAUCUUGCGUUGGCCGAGCUCCACCAGUUCUCGUACCUCAUGUUGAAGGCCGCUCCAAACAGCUACAAACUCGUGCACUUGCGGGCAGCAAUGGCACACUGCGAUCUGUUGACACCCCACACCAACAAAGACAUGUACCGGAAGGCUGAGUUGCGCCGAACGCUCCAGCUCUGGGAGAGACACAUGUUCCUCUUUGGCACGGACGCCGUGUUCCGGAAUGUCGGCACUUUCUCGCCGCAAUCGCAAAACCCGGGCGUCGAGGUGAUCACCGACAACCAUUUCGUCAACUCAUACUACGAGCUCCUUCGCGUGUUGGACUCCAUGAAGGACCCGCGAGACAAGAUGCCCGAGCCUUUUGCUUGGAAGUAUAGGAACGCAGAGUCGCGAGACCAGGACCUCACGUAUGCUGCGCUCAAGCUGAACAUCAACACCAUAUUCGAAUCGGGCCACUUGCUAAGGCGGUCCGGGGACGACGCGGUGAUACGCUUCCUAAGUUUGGCGGUGCGGUUCAAGCUAGUGUUGGUGAGCUCGCAAAAGUUUCCUCGCCAGUACGUGUCGGGCGAGCUAAUGGAGCUCAUCAUGCAUUUGAAUGUGAUCAUGGGCGAGGCGGAGCCACAGUUCAAGUUUCUCUUGGAAAAGUUCACAUUCACGACUGUGCUUCUAGAAGUGUUGGCCGCCUACUUACAGAUGACCCCGGAAGACGAGUUCAUGCCCGAGGGCCUCAGUGCUUUGAUCCAGUUCACGACGAUUUUGUCUACUUACGUGAACGACCGCAGCAAAGAACACAUGGAGGACCCGCAGAUCAGUGGCUGGUUUGCUAGAUUCACCACCAACUAGACAUGCGUGCGUGCGUGCAAGGCCACCACCAUAGGUGUCUGACGGACAGGAGCAAUGUGGUUCUGUGGGACACCUUAAGAAGCGUCAAAUAGAGAGUUAUGAUUAUGAUAGAUACAGAAAAUUCAGGAGCGCCGGGAACACCGGUCAAGCACAACGCAAGGACUCAAGGGCUUGCGGGCCAAAUGGUGUUUCUGCUCACGUGGCCCAUUGCAACGCGAAGCCAAGAAGCGAGGCGGCGCAUCCUGUCCCUCGCAUAAAAGAGCCGCAGAAAAGCCACAUAAGAUGUCGGCCAGCUUCUACAUGAGUUUUGCUAAAGCCACGAAAUUUGGCCAAACCAGCCAGGAUUAUACAAGGGGCAUUUUCCUCCUUUCGCUGGGUGAACAAUCGGCCUGGUGGCUGGUCUGCACCGGGCCGAUUCCAAGUACGUCAUAACUCUUAUAUUGGUGAGCGUGCGAGUCGGCCGGCACCCGUGCACCGCGC